AGCGGCUGAUAGUCCGAUUCAAGUCACAUGAACAAACACAUUGCCAUAAGAAGAAGUGUAAUUUUGGCGGAACUUUCCGUCCCCAAAUCCUAUUCCAAACAGAAGGGUCCAUGAACGUAAUACGAGGUUUGGAAGAAAUCGGACGACAAUGCCGAAAGGCUAGAUGAAAAGCAGAUUUUACAGAGACAAUCCCACUGGAUUCAUACUGCCAAAUUAUUGAAUCUUCCAAAAUAUUCCGAGACAGCGGAAUCCAUUGAAUAAGGGCAACCGAAUUCGAACCAAUAAAAUGCUGAAUAGCCGCCGAAUUCCAAGUUCUAUUACCAGGACAUAUGAGACUUGAAAUAAGUAAAGCAGGGUUAGAGAUACCUGGAGCUGAUUUGGGAAUGAUCGGUAUGUCACCUGGCACCCAAAGAUCCUGGAAAGCACGGAUUGAGACCCCAUCACCUACCUGCCACCUGAUACCCUCUUGUAAUAAGUCCCGCCAAAGAUGACACUCCUCCAACCCCAAGAGGGAUUACUCCCCAAACCAACCCCCAGGAAAUCACCUGAAUCCCUAAAGUACCGACCCCUAUAAACCCUUGACAAUAAACUCAUCGGGUCCUUGAGAACACGCCACACAACCUUGGCAAGAAGAGCCUGAUUGAAGUAGCCGAAUUCGCGAAAACCCAAACCACCUUCCUGUUUAGAAGUGCACAAGGCUUUCCAAGCUCGCUAAUGAAUACGACGUUGACCCUAAACAGCUCCUCACCAAAAUCUUGCCAUCAAAGCAUUCAGCCUGUUGAUCAAAUCUCUAGGCAGCCUAAAAAAAGACAUGAUGUUGAUUGGAAGGGUCGCCGCCACUGAUUUCAAAAGCACCUCCUUGACUGCAGCUGAAAGAGUUCGAUUUUCCACCCUUGGAGCACCGCAAUUAGUUUUUCCUCGACGAAAUGAAUAGUCUCCAAUUUUGAACGUCCCAGCAAUGAAGGGAGGCCUAAAUAACGAUCUUGCAAGCCAAAUGAGCCCACUCCUAAGAAAGCCCCAAGCUCCUCUUGGCCCGAUUGACUGAGGUUUGGACUGAAACAAACGACGGACUUGUGUAACUUAACCCGCUGCCCACUAAUUUCUUGGUAAUUACGAAGAAGACCCAAAAGCACACGCUACUAGCAAAUGGACUUUAAAUGAUAAAGCCCAUGCCAAAUAUGUAUAUCCUGUUUGGGCUAAAGUACGGCCCAUGCAUAACCUUAACGAGUGCGACAUUUUUUGGGGCUAGGAAAUGAUCUCCAUGUCAGGCCCGAUAUACCGAGGAGCGAAUCUACUGCGCUGCGCAGCGCAGGGCGCAGGCUGACAUCGAAAGAGAAAAGCCACAGAGGUUCGUCAAAGAGAGAGAGAACUCCAUUAGAAAUCAAACCAAAAUCUCAACACAAUUUCGUUCUCCACCAAUUUACGGAGUGUGAUUUGGUUUACUCGAUCGAGCGAUGGGCGGAGGGCACGGGGAUGGCGUCACUUACAAGGGCUUGACGAUGCACCAGCCCAAGCGGUGGCACACGGUCACCGGAAAGGGCCUUUGCGCCGUCAUGUGGUUUUGGGUUCUGUACAGGGCUAAGCAGGAUGGUCCUGUUGUGUUGGGCUGGAGGCAUCCAUGGGAUGGCCACGGUGAUGAUCAUGGCCAUGGACACUAGGUACAUUCUCCUAUUCUGUUUCUAUCUAGAAUUUAGAUGCGCUCAAUCAGUACCUUAAUGGUGAUUUCUCUAAUGUUUAGUCUGGUACCAACUUGAAUGACUGUUGAGAAGGUAGGAUAACUAUUAAUUAAGGCAGAUGCUAUACUUUGAAUGAUGUUUGAGAUGGUUAUUAGACAAUGAUAUAAUUUGAUUGGUGUUGAGUUCUUUACCUAUGACUUGCAAUGACAGGGAGUUCUAUAAAGUCACCAUGAUUUGCUCUAGUUGGUUUACCUUUUUGAUGAAUUAGUCUCAAAUCAACACUAGUUCGCAACAUGGUAUAAGAUUUGACUCAAUAGAAACCAAGACAAAUCUUGGCAUGUCUUUUGUAUUGCUCGCGAUGCUGUUAGUUUUAUGGCCGAUGGUGAACAUUUAAUCAUUUGUGCAACCAUUAACUCUGGCUGUUGUUGCUACGAAAAUUAUCUAGUUAUUCCACUUUAGUGAUCUCUUGUGUAUGGUAUAUGUAUGACAGCAAAGAUCUAAGAAAUGAACAUUGCUGGUUUUGCAGGUAUGCAUCUGAAUAGCCAAAGAAGUGUGGAGUUCUUCAAUGGUGGUACCAAACUGUGUACCAUAAAUUGAGACUCGGAACAUGUUCCCUUGGUGCAAUAAAAAUUAUGUUGAAAACAGAUUGUUCUGGUUCCUAAUUUGUGAACAUAAUGCUGCAUUUUAAAAUGCUAACUAGCGCUUGAAUGUCUGGUCAUCAGAUGCGUUUGGCUGGGCUUGUUUCUGCGAAAAGUCUUAUUAUUACCAUGACAAGUUUGUUCUUUUUUGUUCAUCAAGACCUGAAUUCAUAGUUGUGUACUUGUGUUGUGUCUUCUGCUGUUGUAUAUGUUUGUUUAGCUUAUUAUGUAGGUUCCGUAUAUUUGUUUGAUUUGAGCAUUGCAGCAGCAAGAGGAGACUUCGAAAUAGUGGAAUUACGGGGAAAUUGGUGCUCGUUACAAUCCAAGUCCAGCAAAGGAACAGCUCUUGGAGGGUUUGGCCAAAGGUGUUCUACCUCUGGGCAUGAAUGACCCAGCUGCCAUAGCAUAUGCAGGUGAAGUAGGAUACUGAGUUAACUCCGUAUCGUAUUCCAUGUCUACAGGAGGACUCUGCGGCAAUCUGGCUGCAAAAGUUUCAAGAGGAUGAAACAGAUUGCAGUCCGAGGAAAAACUGCGAACGCCAGUUUUUGAAUCAAACUCUACAAGAACUUUGCCAAAAACAUUUGCCUUGUCUAGCCUUCCCGGUUGUGUGCUACAUCGUUUUGUUUCUUCCAUCUAAUAUUGAUUGGUUGGCUCCAGCGUUUAGCCUUUGCUGGACAAUCUAUGGACCUAACUCGCUUGUUCCGAAUUGGGUUAUGAGAUUGUACAAUAUCCAUCUGAAACUGAAACUAAACAGGCUAAGACAUGAAUGGCCUUUAACCAUGUCGCCAGUAAUGAUAUGGCUUUGUCACUUGCCAAGGUGAAACUUGAAGUUAGCAUUAGAGUUGUAGCUAACCAAGUUAAAGUGUCUAAACGACCUAUGAAUCCGUACGGUUCGGAGACGACGACGGCGUUCUUUUUUAUGAACUCAAAUAAUUAUUGUAUACCCUUGCAAAUUUUAGCAAUAGCGAUCUCGUAGUUGAGUGGUGGAGCUAUGUGUGGUUCAGAAGGGAUAACAUGAGUGGCGAAACUAGUCGUACGUGGACAACGGGUCGGGCCGCCCAUGGGCUAGCACGACACGGCAUUGCUAGAGAAAAUAAAUAUACGAAUAAAUACUUAAAAUAUAUAAUAAAAUUUACAAUAUUCAAAUAACUCGGUCAUAGAAAAAGAAAUAACCGAGUAAUAAGAUUGGCUUUUUCAU